CGAAUCCGGUUGGACCGGCGAAAUUUCGCCGCUUAAAAGAGCAAUUGCAACUUGGAAGCAAGCUCUCUUCCUUCCGUUGCUGAAACAGUAGCGCUACGGCAUAUCCUCCUUUACCUUGGCGAGAAACGAAGGCGGCAACGGCAGGCACUGCAAGCCAGUGGCGGAGAGAAGGAAACGCAAUGACUAUUCCGACGAUGGCGACGAUUCCUACCUCAUAUUUCUUAUUGCCCUCUCUAGUGCAAUCGGAUUCUAGUCGGAACUAUUGCAAGUUCCGGCGCUCCCCUUAUAUGUUCAGUAGCUUCCACGUCAGAGCUUCGCUUUCCACUCCAGGUUUUCCUCUGGCAAGCCGAAUUGUAGUCAAAAAUUUACCUUAUCUAACCAGCGAAAGUAGUUUGCGAGAGGAGUUCUCAAGCUUUGGUGAAGUGGCUGAAGUUAAGGUUCUGAAGUUUGAAGAAGGGGAAAGGCGUAAAGCUCAUGCAUUCAUCCAAUACACUUGUCUAGACGAUGCCUUCCUUGCCUUGGAGAACAUGGAUCGCAAGAUGUUUGACGGAAGGAUGAUAUAUGUGGAGGUUGCCAAACCCGGUAAGCGUAGUUUUGGAGAAUACCCAACAGCUUCUGGACCUCCAAAAGGCUCUCCUGCUGCAUCUUCAAAUGAUCAAGAUGAUUGCUGGUACUGAUUCCCCCACGGCCAACGAUUGUGCCGCCAGUAAGGAAUGUAACUUGGGAGGAAAAAGCGAGCUGCUAGUAAGUGUGAAAUUGUUGUGCAUCUAGCCGCAUUAAAGAACUGUGUCGGCUAAUGCCAUCAGUUUAGAAUUGUGAAUUUUUCUUCUCGUUGCUCCUUUUUUGUGGUAUGUUAAUUUACAACCAGUUCUCCAUGAAUUGGCUGGUGGAUAUGUCCCUGGUCUUUCCUUUACUAAGUGUAUGCCUGAAGGUGUUAAGCCUUCCAACUUUGCAAUGCUAAUAUACAACCAGUUCUCGAUGAAUAGAGAAAUGUUAAGAGUUCCUUGUUUGUGUAUGACAGUAGUCACUAGCUGUUCAGGUUUCAACUUUCAUAGGUACUUCCUGUUCUGUUCUUGGCUUUUGCUCAAGUAUAUGCAUAGAGUGAGAGAUUACUGAGGUUGCUUGGAGGGUCCGCUGGCAUAUUGCGCCAUCUGUGUAAAUAAUCGACUUUAUUAUAGUAAUGAAUUGAUACACGCAAGCUAUAACUCGAACUCUCAAGUAAGAAAACUAAGAGCUUCAUGGACAUUGUGUUGCAUCCAACUCGGCUGCAACGGUUUGUAUUAUAACUCCUACCUGUUGCUGGACCUUAAUUGACCCGGAGGUAGGAGAAUUCCUUGGCACUGGGAAGCCAUGAUGAUGCUUCUUUCCAGUAACAGGGUUUCAUCAGUCCCUUUUUUCCUUCUGCAGUAAAUCCAGCGCCAAACCGCUGAGCUUUAUCCCUCAAGGAGCAUGGGACCCUCUACUACUAUCUGUUGCUUUUAUAUAUUGUCUUUCAUCAUUGUCUUCUGGAUUCUUGAAUGCAGCAAUGUGAGGGAUGUGAUGUGAUGUGAAGUACUUAUUUAUUUGCAAAUUUCGGAACCCCUACCUGACGGAGACUCUGGAGAUGGAGGCAGUGGCGUUUGAUGUGGGGGAGGCGAGCCCUUCGAGCCAGAAAUUUCUGGGAGGAAGUUGGAAUUGGAUUCAAUCUGUGCAGGCAUUGCUAGCAGCUGAUGGAGCUGUACUGAUCCCUCGCUUCUUAGUAACACAACUACUUUUGACAUCGUUGGCAUCAUUGAAGGCGAAGGUUGAGUGCACAUCAGAGCUAUUUCGGUAUUUCCACCACUUCCUUGCUUCUGUGUAUUCAUCCUGACUUACGGUUUUGUACAGUUCCCGUGACUUAGUAUCCUUUUGUGCAUGACAAUCCAAAAAAACGCAGUUAGUUUAGAUGGUACUAGAGAGCACCAAACCACCUUGUGAGGGAGCUCCACAUCACCAGCAAACUUUGUUGAGAUGUGACAGUUGUACUUGGCGUUGACUGCGAAAUGAGUUUGUUAGGUCCUGCAGAAAUCCAACCUGUAGGAAGAAGAGAUAAAGAAUUCAUCAAGUCGAUCCUCUCACUCUCUGCCCACCCUCUGAAGUUUAGAUUGAAAGGAACAUCCCAGCUAGCUCUUCCAGAAUCAAAAGAAACCAAGUCAGAGAUUCAAGAAUCUGGGUAUGAGGCAAUAACGACUCUUGGAUAGGCAUCUUCAAGUACCACUGCCUGCUGCCAGCAGUCCUUGCAAAAGGAAAUUCACGCCUCUCCACCUGCAUUAACGAAUGCAUACUUCCAGAACGUCUCUCUUCAUUGCACAGUUCAACAUGGAGCAGCAGUAUUACUUACCUCCACAACCAGCUCUCUGAAAAGGAGGGGUUCGGGAACUUUAUGUCGAUGAGAUUCCACGACCAGGAGCUACCAUCUAUCGCAUAUUUCCACAUCCACUUUGCAAGUAGUGUGUUGUUCAUGCACUCUAUAUCCUAAGCGCCAAGCAGGUAGGUUAUGAGUUUGGGGCAAACCAUGGUGGUACGUGGAAUGGAACUAGAUUACUCUUUCUGCAGAUAUUGCUUGCAGUUGACCAUGGUGGAAAGUGUAGAAACCUACUGUAUUCAGGGAUCGAGCAGUUAGGGGCGAAAUCAACAGAUGGAUUCGUUAAUAAAAGUAAACUUUGUAAGCUUCAUUCUUUUUUCUCCGUAAUCAAUUGGACAGAAAACA